GGAGUGGCAUGAUGCUGGUUAUAUAAAGGACUAGUGACUUUACAACAGACAGCUUAAACAACAAGCACAGCACAGUGAACAAUGGAAGGUUUGAAACUCACAUAUGCUAACCUAGAAGAAGCUCAGAACCAGGUGCAGCACAAGACAGAAGGGCUAAACUCAGUUGGUCUGGUAGUGAGGAGGGGGCAGGCCUUUAGAAUCACACUGAGCUUUGAUGGACCUUAUAUGUCAAUCAAAGAUGACCUUAUGCUCAGAACAGACUUAGCGAUGACUUCAAAAGAAAAUCUUGCCUGUGAUAUUCCGAUCACUUCCUCAAAAGUCACUUCUCAGUCCCAGUGGACCGCCUACUUUCAGCAUGGAAUGAUGAACCCCAGCACCCCUCACAAGGCUUCUGUGUGUGUCUCCAGUCCACCUACAGCUAUUGUGGGAGUGUAUCAGCUCUAUUUGGUGUCUCGCAAUGGCUCUUACAGCUGCAGGAUUGGACAGAUCACCCUGCUCUGUAAUCCUUGGUGCAUAGAUGACUCUGUCUACUUGCCUGAUGAAAAUCAGAGAGAAGAGUAUGUGAGGAAUGACUUUGGCAUGCUGUACCAGGGAACACCCAAACAAAUCAACCAUAUUCCAUGGGACUUUGAUCAAUAUGAGAGUGGUAUCCUGGACAUCUGUAUGAUGAUGCUGCAGGUGAGCAAUGAACACAAGGAAAACUGGAAGAGAGAUUAUGCUAAACGCUUUGACCCUGUUUACAUCAGCAGAGUCGUCUCAGCUAUGGUAAAUCAUAAUGAUGACUGUGGUGUUUUGGAAGGGAAAUGGACAGAGAAUUACAGCAAUGGUGUCAACCCAUCAAAGUGGGAGGACAGUGGAAGCAUUCUGAAACAGUGGGCUAAAUCUGCCUUCCGUCCUGUCAAAUAUGGGCAGUGCUGGGUUUUUGCUGCUGUCAUGUGCACUGUAAUGAGAGUCCUGGGAAUCCCGACUCGUGUGGUCACCAACUUUAACUCGGCUCAUGACACUAAUGGGAACCUGGUGAUUGACGAGUAUUACACUGAGAAAGGGGAAAAGCUGCCUCAUCGUGACAGCAUCUGGAACUUUCAUGUGUGGGUGGAGUGCUGGAUGAAGAGAGGAGAUCUGCCGAAAGGAUAUGAUGGCUGGCAGGUGGUUGACCCAACUCCACAGGAGAGAAGUGACGGAAUAUUCAGGUGUGGUCCUGCCCCAGUAAGAGCUAUACAGGAGAAACAAGUUGACAUGGCCUAUGAUGUCCCUUUCAUCUAUGCUGAAGUUAACGCUAAAGUGAAUAGGUACAUUAUGCGUCAAUCACAAGUACUGAGCUGCACCACUGUGACAGACAGCGUGGGUACUCUCAUAUGCACCAAGAGCCUGGGAUCCCACAAACCACAGGAUAUCACUUCUACCUACAAACACAACAAAGUGCCAAGACCACCUCACGCUAACAUAGAAUCAGCUCAAGGUCUCUCUGUAGAGCUGAACCUUGAUAAAAAACCUGUUGUUGGAGAAAAUAUCUGCUUCUCAGUCAUUGUGACUAAUCAUGACAGUGUUCAGAAGAGAGUGAGAGAAUGCGCCAAUGCUCAGGCAAAGCGUUAUGACCGCAGUCCAUCUGAUACCUUCUGGGAGGCUGAUAACCUCAUCCAGCUUUCUCCUCAUGGACGUACAGUGCUACAACAUCAAAUCUCAUACAGUCAGUACUCAGCACUGGGAAAUGAACAGCUAGUCAAUCUGGCAGUGGUCAUAAUGGAUAUGGCUACUAAGAAGGGAGUCUUAACUUCUGAAGAGUUUAACAUCACCAGUCCAUUCAUCCACAUACAGGUUGCUGACUCAGAAACUAUCACGGUAGGCAGACGCCAGGUUGCUACGUUGACAUUCACCAAUCCAUUCUCUGUAGUGGUGAGAGGCAUGUUGACUGUGGCAGGUUCAGUCUUGCUGGAGGGCAAAAUACUCAUCAAUGUUGACGAUUUGAAGCCCAGAGAGACCAUGAACAUUGUAGUACGUUUCACACCAAAGAUGGCAGGAGUGAAGAUGCUGCACGCUACUCUGAACCUGGAUUUCAACAAUAUUGUUAUCCGUGGCUUCAAGACCUUUGUUGUCCGACCAGAAUGAAAGAAUGAAACAGGAAAUCAGAACCAUGUACCUGAGCCACUGACUGUGAAAUGCUUAUGUUUUUUCUAAUUAUGGGAAAUAUGAACAUGAAAUUGUAUAUUUUUUUAAAUCUCUAAAGAUAAUGAAGGGAUGUUCAUGUAUGUAUGUCAUUUUAAUUUAGGUAAUU